CAUCCAGAGCAGCAUUAAAAAAAUAGAACCAUGCAGGAAGUUUAAAAUUCCUGAUGCUUCCAAGCAUAGACCAGUCACGAGGGGUAGAGGAGUACUAUACAAUAUUAAGAUGUAUAAAACGUGAAUAUUUUCUAAAACAAGUAUGUACAUUUGGUUUACACUAACGUGUUUUGCUCUAAUUCCUUGUGUGCUAUCUAGUCAUUUUCGAGGAGGAUUACUAACAUGGAAUGCGGUAAAUGAAACCCAGAUUCUAGUCCGUCACCGUCUUACCUUUGUUUACUCCUACUGUUCCAAUCCACAAAACAAUACAUUGGAAUGUAUCAGUGGAUGUACAGGUAGUGUGGUAACGAACGCAAAUUGCACGGAAAGUAAUUUAGCAGAAAACUGGGCGGAUUUUGAAGGAGAAACCAUAUUUGAUAUCAGACACGCAACAUCAUCACACCUCGGUUUGCGAUUUGCCUCUGGGGAUUUGGUAUCGUUAACACAGCCUACAUUUGCUCAUUCCUUGAGCCUUAAGAUGACUGUAGAUUUAAGUCUACGAAGUGAUACUGGAAGCACAAACCAGUCACCUGUUUCACCAAUGGCUUCAUCUAUAAUACAUCCAUGUGAACUCAAUCAGUACAUUCACAUUCCAGUGGCGGACUUUGACGGAGAUAAUAUUCGAUGUCGCUUUGCAUUAGGGUUAGACGAAUGUGGAUCAAUUUGUAGCAACCAUUCAUCUUAUUUGACAUUAAAUGAGCCUGUGCAUUCUAUUUCCAUUACGAUGUGAGUAAUGGAGAUUACGCCGUGGCUUUACAGAUUGAGGAUUUCACAGACUCGUCCUCUAGUGUUCCAUUAAGCAGCGUUCCUUUACAGUUUAUGAUUAUUG